ACCCCUAUAAAACCAAACCCACAAUCAAGAGCACCGUAAACCGUUCAUCCAAACCAAAAGCUAAAUCCGUACGAAAGAAGCUAUGGCAACAAAGAACCCACCCGUGCCUUCAGAAUCCGACCCGAAACCUAAAUCGGAUCCCGACUCAUUUCCUUACUUCGAAGACAUGAACGAACUGGAGAAAGUCUUCAACCGCUUCGACACCAACGGCGAUGGCAAGAUCUCCGCGGACGAGCUUGACAGCGUGCUCCGGACGCUCGGAUCCGGCGUCUCGCCGGAAGACCUCCGCCGCGUCAUGGAGGACCUCGACACUGACCGCGAUGGCUUCAUCAGCCUCACCGAGUUCGCCGCUUUCUGCCGCUCCGACUCCGCGGACGGCGGAGUCGGAGAGUUCCGCGACGCCUUCGACCUCUACGACCGCGACAAAAACGGACUCAUCUCAGCUGAGGAGCUCCACCUCGCGCUCAACCGCCUCGGCCUCAAGUGCUCCGUCGAUGAAUGCCGCGACAUGAUCAAGUCCGUCGACGCCGACGGCGAUGGAUUCGUCAACUUUGAGGAGUUCAAGACGAUGAUGACGACCUCCAAGAACCGCGGCGCCACCAAUGGCUCCGUCCAUUAGUCUCAGCCGCCGAUUCAAAAUCCGAGGCGUCUCCGGUGCCUACUUCCAGAAAAAGCUCAAUCAAACUAGGUAGCGGAAGAUUUUUUGCUUAGAUUUCAACGAGUUGUGAAAAACGUUGACGCCAUCGGUGUGUAUGGGGUCAGUUUGGGUAGAAAGAUGGGAGAGACGUUGAACGGAGAAAAUAAAAAUGUAAGGACAAUAUUAUUAGAUGAAAUAUCUUGGUGCUUUAAAAAAGUGCUACCCAUAGGUCUAUGUAUAAACUUUAUUUAUAUCCAAAUGGGUCAUUGAA